GGCCGGGACACCGGGACACCGGGCUGGGCUCUGCACACCCCGAGAAACCAGCACAGCCCUGGGCACAAAGCGGGGACUGUCACGGCCCGAAGGACACAGGACAGUGCCCAGGGCCAGGAGCCGUCCCACUGCCCACCCGGGGCUGGCAACGCCGUCCCGAGCGGACUCUGGCACCCACGAGAGCCCGAUGAGGAGCUGGGGCUGCGUGUGAACCUAUGCAGACCAGGAAGAAAUACAUUUUCCUGGCUUUCCUGGCCUCUUGGCUCCUGCUUUUCCUCUUCGGAGGGGAUCAGCUGCGUCGUUUCGCUUUGUUUUCUGCGAGGAAAGCGGAGUCCCCGAGGAGCUGGCCCCGCUGGACGGAUCGGUCCCUCCUCAGGAGCUUUGCAGAGCCCGAGGAGCUGCAGAGGGAUGGGGACCCUGCCCUGCCGUCCCCCCGGGCGAGGCGGGCGGCCUGGCUGAGCGCCCACAGGAGCAGCAGGUGCCGCAUGGAAAGCUGCUUCGACCUCUCCAGGUGCGAGAGGAACGGCUUCAAGGUGUUCACCUACCCCCAGGAGCGGGGCCAGCCCGUCUCGGAGACCUACAGCAAGAUCCUCAGCUCCAUCGAGCGCUCGCGGUACCACACGGCCCGGCCCGAGGAAGCGUGCCUCUUCAUCCUCAGCGCCGACACGCUGGACCGCGACCGCCUCUCGGAGCACUACGUGCGCGACCUGGAGGGCAAAAUCCACGGCUCCCCGCUCUGGAACGGCGGCCGCAACCACCUCAUCUUCAACCUCUACGCGGGCACCUGGCCCGGCUACGGCGGCGAGCUGGGCUUCGACCCCGGGCACGCCAUCCUGGCCAGGGCCAGCUCCGACAGCCGCACCUUCCGGCCCGGCUUCGACGUCUCCAUCCCGCUGAUCCCCCGGGAGCACCCGCAGCGCGGCGGGCACCGCGGCCGGCUGGCAGGGGUGCCCCCCAAGAGGAGAUUCCUGCUGGCCUUCAAGGGCAAGCGGUACCUGACGGGCAUCGGCUCCGGCACGCGCAACGCGCUGCACCACAUCCACAACGGGAAGGACAUCAUCUCCCUGACCACCUGCAAGCACGGCAAGGACUGGCACAGGCACAAGGACACGCGCUGUGACAAGGACAACGCGGACUACGAGAGGUUUGAUUACCAGGAGCUGCUGCACAACUCCACCUUCUGCAUCGUGCCCCGGGGCAGGCGCCUGGGCUCCUUCCGCUUCCUGGAGGCUCUGCAGGCCGCCUGCAUCCCGGUGCUGCUGAGCGAUGGCUGGGAGCUGCCCUUCGCCGAGGCCAUCGACUGGGGCAAGGCUGCUGUGGUGGGCAGCGAGAGGCUCCUGCUGCAGAUCCCCUCUGCCGUGCGCUGCAUCCGCCCCGAGCGUGUGCUGGCCUUCCAGCAGCAGACGCAGUUCCUGUGGGACGCCUACUUCUCCUCGGUGGACAAGAUCGUGCACACCACGCUGGAGAUCAUCCGGGACCGGCUGGAGCCGGCCCGCUCCCGCUCCCGCCGCCUCUGGAACGCGCUGCCCGGGGGGCUCCUGGUGCUGCCCGAGUUCUCCACGCACCUCGGGGAUUUUCCCUUCUACUACCUGCAGCACGGCUACAGCCCCUCCAAGAAGUUCACGGCUUUCAUCCGGGCGGUCUCGCAGGCGGGCUCGCUGUCCCAGCCCCUCCUCAGGCUCAUCCGAGCCGUGUCUGGAUCCCAGUACUGCGCCCAGAUCGUGGUCCUGUGGAGCUGCGAGAAGCCGCCGCCCCCGAGAGGGCAAUGGCCCCAGAGCAGCGUGCCCAUGACCAUCAUCCAGGGCAGGAGGAAGCUCAGCGACCGCUUCUUCCCGUUCGGGGCCAUCCAGACGGACGCGGUGCUGAGCCUGGACGAGGACACCAGCCUGUCCACCAGCGAGGUGGAUUUUGCCUUCUCGGUGUGGCUCAGCUUCCCCGAGCGCAUCGUGGGCUUCCCCACGCGGAGCCACUUCUGGGACGCCGAGCGGGGCCGCUGGGGCUGCACGUCCCGCUGGACCAACGAGGUGUCCAUGGUGCUCGGCGCCGCCGCCUUCUACCACCGGUACUACCACAGCCUCUUCACCGAGCACCUGCCCGCGGGGCUGCGGGAGCUGCCGGCCUGCCAGGACGUGCUGCUGAACGCGCUGGUGGCCGCUGUCACCAAGCUGCCGCCCAUCAAGGUGACACAGAGCAAGCAGCACAAGGAGGGCGCGGCCCGGCAGGCGGGGUGCGGCGAUGAUGGGGCUGCGGGGACCCCCCCGGGCCCGCCCCCCGCUCCGGCCGGGGCACGGGGCACGGAGGGCGGCCGGCGGCUCUGGCAGCGCCGGGACUGCCUGAACCAGCUGGAGAACUGGUUCGGCUACAUGCCCCUGGUGUCCUCCCGGCUGCGCCUGGACCCCGUGCUCUUCAAGGACCAGGUGUCGGUGCUGCGCAAGAAAUACCCGAGCCUGGAGAGGCCGUGAGGGUCGGGCCGGGCCGGGGGGCGCCGUUCCCGGGGCGCGGGGCCCUGCGGGGGCCGGAUCGCCGCCGAUGCUG